CCCUACCAAUCACGUUCCAUGCUUGGCAUUAAUUCAGCCAUGCCUUCCGAGCGGGCCGUCGAGUGCAAGGAGUUUUGGGGUUUCUCACAGACACCUGAUCCUACUCUCCCACGACACCCGCUCGUUUUCCGGCAUUCACGCUUUGGCGGUUGGCGAGAUCUGCUUUCCAGGCAUUUGAUUGCUCUGUAUACGUUGACGAAACUCUAUUCCGGCUCACAAUCUUGUGGGACCUCCUCAUCUCGGUUUGUCCGCCCGAAACGGUACAACAGGACGGCGCCUGUACCUCCCGAAACCUCGCCAUGGACAUCCACGAGCGUCGGGGCGAUGCCUCGCCGCUGCCGCUUGUCCGAUUUCGAGUGUCCCCUGCGCUCGCGACCUUAGCCUUGACUAUGGCUUUCCUACCGAUGGUGCUAGGGCACGGCGGGCACGACGCGAGCAAGAUCCCCGAAGGACAAACUGUAUCGCUGGAUCCCAUUGACACCACAUUAUGGGUACACAUCUUUGUCCAGAUGCUCGCAUUUGGCAUCCUCUUCCCGCUAGGCAUGGUUCUUGGGAUCAUCAAGAGCCGCUGGCACGUCCCAUUACAAGCCGUUAGCACCGCCCUCGCUCUCCUCGGAUACGCUCUCGGCCACCUGCACCGCGGCAGGCAAUUCAACCCCAAGAACGUGCACGCCAAAGCCGCCACACCCCUCUUCUUUCUGAUGGUCGGGCAAGUCGUCGUUGGCAUCUAUCUGAAGUUGCAUCUUGAGAAGGGCUUCCACGGCCGCAUCCGCCCCGUCUUCCGGCUGCUGCAUAGCAUAAACGGCAAGGCGUUCCCAGUGUACGCGUGGGUACAAAUGGUCUUUGGCGGCAUCACGGCGCUGGGCUUUUGUCAGGGCGACCACCUGGGUCAGUGCCUAGCGCACUUCAUCAUGGGCGGUGCAUUCAUUGCCUAUGCCGUACUCCUGACCAUCCUCCUGCUCGUCGGCCAGCUCUGGCUCCGCCGAACCGGACGCAGCCAGGAGUUCUUCGACAGCGCCGUCAUCGCCGCCUGGGGCUGCGUCAACACCUUUACCGAGCACCGCUGGGGCACCGAAUGGGUCAAGAACGACUGGCAGCACACGACCAUGGGCAUCAUCUGGUGGAGCGCUGGGUUGGUGGGCGUGUGGUUAAGCAGGGGCCGGGACGGCUUGCCGAAGCGCAACUUCAUCCCGGGGUUCGUCAUUCUCAUCACCGGCUGGGCCAUGUCAGCGCAUCCGCAGGAAUUGAUGAUCAGCGCCAUGACCCACAAGAUGUUCGGCUACACCCUCAUGGGCGCCGGCCUGGCCCGCAUUAUCGAGGUUUCCUUCGUUCUCAAGGACAAGCCCGGUGUCUCGGAGGACGGCACGCAGUACAAUAGCUUCCAGUUCAUUCCCGUCUUUCUCCUCUAUGCGGCUGGCUUCCUCUUCAUGGGCGCCACCGAAGAGCAAAUGUCACUCGUGGCCGGCUCCGGCAUGGACCACGUCGCGUACAUAAUGAUCCUCUACAGCCUUGCGUCGCUACUCUUCCUGUUCACCCUGGCUCUCAUCCACGUCUACGAUCGCGCAGCUCCGAUCGCGCAGAAGCCACUUGUUAAUGGGCAUGCCCGGGUGGGUGAUGAGGCACAACUGAGGGACGCGAGUGAGUUUGAGCUGGACGGACUGGUGAGUGACGAUGAGGAUGAAGAACGGGCGGCGAGGAGGAAAUUGCUGAAGGACGACGGACCGGAGGAAGAUGGGCUUGCGAGCCCGAGCACGGUGGGGAGGAAUAGUGAUCGCGUUGCAUAAGUGGGGAGUGUAAGAGAUGGAUUAUUCGCAUUUGUCUGCAUUGGGCGGCUCGGGCGGGUAUGGUUUGGAGUUUUGGGUUGACUCUUGGCUGUUUCGGGAGUUUUGCCGUGUUCCAACGAUCGGUUUUGUCACAACUAAUAUGGUACAUGCUAUCCGUCGGGGCCAUGGUUCUGGCCAAGACUUCACGCAGUGUUCGGUAAGAUAUUUUUCCCUUUCUUACGCCGUCGUUUUACCCACCUGCCACACAUGUCAUGACGUCGGUCGAGGCACGGAGCAAGGAUCGGCGAG